AUGGGUAAUGCACUAAAUCAUGUAAUAUUUAGACCUCAUCCAGCUAGCUAUUCAAAAGAAAAAAAAAAUUUGCAUUUUAUAAAAACAAAACAUGGGAGUACAAUAUGUGGGUAUUUUAUUAACAAUUAUGCAGAUAUAACAAUCUUAUUUAGUCAUGGUAAUGCAGAAGACAUAGGUGAUUUAAUACCUCAGUUUGAAAAUAGAUUAAAGCGUUUAAAAUUAAAUAUGUUUGCAUAUGAUUAUAGUGGUUAUGGUCAAAGUACAGGUGUUCCUACAGAAACAAAUAUAUAUAAUGAUGUAGAAGCAGCUUAUAACUAUUUAACAAAUGAUCUUAAUAUUCCAAAAGAUUCUAUAAUAGCUUAUGGUAGAAGUUUAGGUUCUGCAGCUUCUGUUCAUAUAGCAACAAAAAAAGAAUUGCUAGGUUUAAUUUUACAAUCACCAUUAUCUUCAAUUCAUAGAGUUAAAUUAAGACUAAAAUUUACUUUACCAUAUGAUUUAUUUUGUAAUAUAGAUAAAAUACAUCUUAUUAAGUGUCCUAUUCUAUUUAUACAUGGAAAGAAGGAUAAAUUAAUUUCUUUUAAAGGAACAGAGGAAAUGAUUCAAAAAACAAAAGUAAACACCUAUUAUAUGCUUAUAGAAGAAGGGGGGCAUAAUAAUUUGGAUAGCUCUUUUGGUUAUAAAGUAAAUGAUGCUUUGAUUUCUUUUAUUUUUGUAUUAAAAAACAAUAUACGUGAAAAUGUAAAUUGUGUUUACGAUAUAUCAAAUAUCAAUGUAAAUAAGUUAAGAAACAUUUUCAUUGUUAAUAAUAAGCAAAAAUUAAAAGAUAGCAUAAAAAAAAAAGUAGUAAAUUGUUCAGAAAACAGAAAAUUAGGAAGCAAAAAAUUAGAAAAUAUAAAAAUAAUAAACUCUUCUAAUAGCAUAGGUGAAUGUUAUUAUAAUAAAAAUUUUUCUAAGAUAAAGAGUUUGGAUUCUAUUAACAGUUCAUCUAAGAGUCUUAGUACUAUAUUAGCAUCUAUUGAAUCCAUUAUUAAAACUAUACCAGAAGCUACCAUAUGUGAAAAUGACAAUUCCUAUGAAAAUUCAAAGAGUUAUGAUAGUUAUACAAGUUAUUGUUACAGAAAUAAUACUGUUGAUAAGAAUUAUUUUGCACAUUAUCCUUUUUAUAAUAAAUGGAAUCAAGAUAUAAAAAAUGAAGUUAAAAACAGUACAAUUUUAAGAAAUAAUUGUAGUAUGGAAAAUUCAUUGAAAAAUGAAACAGCAAAUAUCGAUAAUAUUAACAAUUGCAGAAAUUACGAUAAAACAUUAAAAAUUAAAAAUGAUAAACUUAUGAAUAUACCAGAUGCAAAAUUAAUGAAUCACAGCAAUAGAAAUAGUUAUAAAGUAGAAAAAAUGAGAAAAAUAAAGUGCCAUUUUCAGAAUAUAAUUAAUGAUGAAAAAGUAAAUAACUUAAUUAAAAAUGCUGAAAAUAAUAAGAACAUAUUUAAAGUAAAAAAUAAUUUGGAUAAUAUAUAUCCUGGUUUAUCCAAAACUGAAUCUACAUGUCAUACCAGCACCUCGUAUAUAAGUUCUGAUAAUACAAAAUUAUAUGAAAAAUCUAUUUUUUUAAAGAAGAAUAAUUCACGUGAAGAUAAAAGUUCGAGCUUACUCGAAAUUCAUAAUUUGAAGAAUCAUAAAAAUAAUAUCCAUUGUGACGAAAUGAAAAAUAAGUUAUGCAUGAAUAGUAUAUUAUCAUCAAAAAAAAAAGAUGCCCUUUCUCCAGGUAAUACAUUAAAGAAAACAAAUUCAUUAGUGAACAAUUUUUAUUCUAAUGAAAAUGUUAAUCAUGAUAUUUAUAAAAAAACAAAUAAUAAUGAUUUUAAAAAUCAUAAUAUUAAUUCCUUAAAUAAUGAGAAUAAAUAUAAUAAUUCAUAUAGGUUAUCGUCGACUAACGUAAAGAGCAUGCCUCCUGUUAAAAGCAAUAAUGAUAUUUUAAAAGGUAUUAAAUCGGAAUCAGUAUUAAAUAUGGACACUAAAAAUUCAAACCUUGAUAGUAAUGCUAAGGAGAUUAAUAAUAAAUUAGUUAAAGUCAGUAAUGAUAUAAAUAUAAAUGGAAUUAGCAAUAAUUCUAGUGAUAGUAAUAAAGCAAGUAAUAACAUUAAUAUCAUAAUGAAUAAAAACAAUAGUAGUGAUAAUAAUAUGUUAAGCAUAAAUAAGAUUAAGAAUAAUAUUAAUAAUGCUAAUAAUAGAAUUAAGAGAGAUGUAAUUAAAAGAACACAUAAAAAUGAUGUUUUUAAUUUCAUUUCUAAUGAAAAGAAUAAAAGUGAUACAAAAAACAAAAGUAAUACCGGUUAUAACAUAAAUUCUACUACUAAUAAAAAAAAUAUAAAAGAUUUUUGUCAUAAAGAUAAAAAGAUGGAAUAUUUUAAAGAGUACAAUAUAAAAAAAAAAUUAAAUACCAUUUUAAGUAAUAAAAUGAGUAAUAAUGAGAAUGAACCAACAAAAAAAAAUAAAGUAUUUUCUGAAGUUGUUUCUUCUGACUGCAUAGAUAAAUACAGGAGCAACACAUGUGCUCGCUUAACAAAAUGUAUACCAAUUAAGGACCACUUAUCACAAGAAGAAACAAAAAAUAUAAAAAAUGAAGCAAAUUAUAACAUAGUUAUGAAAAAGGGAGCCUUAGUUGAAGAAAUAGAGCAAAUGAUUAUAGAAAACGUAAAAACAGUAUCGAAAAAUACAUCUAUCAUAUAA